UGUAGGGAAGGUGAUAAUUGAGGGACCCAGAGAAUGGAUGACUGGGAUCAUUGAAGGAGUACUCCUAGACCCCAGGAGGUGAAGGGACUAUGGAGUCCCAAGGUCAAGGUUACCCCAGCUGGAACACUAGAGGCAGGCGUGCCACCAUCUUUUCCCAGAGAGAAGGGACCAGGGCUUUGGGGUCCUCUGCACUCCCAACUGAGAAUGAUACUGAUUUCUUGACGCCCCGUGAAAGGCGGUAUAGGCCUCUACUUACCAGGAAGAGGGCUGUGGUCGACUUCAGGGUGAGAUGGCCAGAGAUAGUCUCCAGGGAACAGAGAGCACAGAGAGAGGACCUGCCCCAAUUUGAGCUGCAUUCCCUUGACAAGAAGGCCGAUGACUUAUGCUCCCGUUCCUCAGGAGCCAGCAUCAGCCUCAAACAGCAGAAUAGCAGCCACAGUGACUUCCAGGAUUCCCAAGGAUCUACGACCUGCUUCCUGGACCCCCUUACAGUGUCCCCGCAUUUGACCAUUCUCAACAGCUAUCUGAAGCCAGAGUCAAUGACACGGUUGGAGAAGAGGGUGAGGAAGAAGACCCUGGUGGCCAUGAACCAGCUGGAUCAGAAGAUAGAAGCUGUUAAGUUCCGGAGGGCAGUGCUGCUGAGGGACACUAGGGAGCUGCAGGAUGAGAAGACAUUCGAGGAAGAAGAAAACAAGCCCUUCUUGGAGUACCUGAAGAAGAGAAACCAGAGAGUCCAGGAAAAGUAUGACUUCCUGUGGAAAGAUUACAUCCAGCAGUGUCAGGAGAUCGAGGACAGGAGGCGAGAGCUGGUCUGCACCUUCACCUCCCGUUCUGCAGACCUCCAGAAGCAACUGAUGCAGGGCAAGAAGCUGGAGGUCAGCUUGAGGAAGAAGCUUAAGGCUCUGGAGCCCAUUGCACAGAUAAAGGAGAGCCAGGACCAGGAGAAAGAGGCCUUAGUGCAGGAGAAAGCCAACAUAGUAGCUGAUAUCCCCUUGAUGGACCGAAAGGCACACUUCCAGUUCCUGAAGGAAAGGGCCGCCCUAGAGAAGCAGGUGGAAAAGCUGAACCUGCUGGAGUCUGGAGAAAACAUCACCAGAGAGCUGAGGAAGAAGGCCAAGGCCUUGGAGACUGUGGCCAAACAGGCUCACAGAGUCUUCUGCCAGGGUGUCAAUGCUGAGAACAGGGAACUGCGAACACAGCUCCGGCAGCUGGAUGACGAAUUCUGUGAGCUGGAAGCCAGGAGGAAGAAGCUGGAGCAGCGAAAGCAGCAGUGGAAGGAGCAGCAGUGGUACCUGGAGGCCCUGGCCCGGGGGAGGGAGCGCCUGCAGAAGCAGGAGUACCGACCCCCCAAACCACAGGCUCCACACCCAAUCCAGGGCCGUCUACUGGGUGCCAGGCCAGGAACCAAUCCUAAGUAAUGGCUGCCGUGUCCCAGGAAGCAGACUGGAGCUGAUGUUGAGGGUAGCACACAAGGAAUGAAGAUGCUUUCAGCUAAUGCAGAGGACAGAAGCAGCAAGGGGGAUGGAGGACUGAACUUCUCAGAGGGGCAGGGGGGUCCUGGCCUGGCCUGUCUCUCAGGCUUGGCCCCCUCACUGUAACCCGAAGGGCUGUCCUAACCAAAAGCUUCCCCACAUUCAGGAAGCCUGGUUCUUUAGCCCCCAUCCCUUCCAUGACAAGUUCCCUGUUGUAGUAUAGACUUCGGUGCCCAAUUCCUGCUCUAGUGUGGACGUCAUCACCUUCCCAGCCACCCCAUUUCACAGGAGUAGGUUGGUGUCUUAGGUGGGUGGGUGCAGGGUGCUAUCCGGGGAGUUGGGUUCUUUGUAUCUGUGUGUGGCUGAACUGGUCUGCAGAGCUGAGGGUCGUGAGGUGGCAUGCGGUCCCAGGUUUGGGCCUGUGAUCCUGUGUGACAAAUAUAGCCAGCUCUCUGAGUCCCGGGCACUGUUGCAGGCAAAAAGUCUCAGUAUUUCAUUGCAGAAUUUUAACUUUUACUGAAACUCAUUUAAAAGUGCUGAAAAUGAAUUGCUGAGUGUACCUUUGGGUUGCAGAUUUAACUUGCAUGUGAAAUGUUUUGUUCCUAAACAAUGUUAUUGAAAAAAUAAA